AUGGUAGCUGCAGGAACGUGUGUUUCACAUAUGACAUCACCCAAGGGUAACUCAGGGGUGAGUAAUGAUGCAUCAGCACAGACCAUUUCGGGACGACGGUCGUUGCUAAGGCAUAUAUUUCGCUCAGAAAGUUCAUCAAAUGUAACAGUGGAAAGUGGUAAAGCCAUUACCAGUAGUAAUAGCAAUAGGAAUGCUGGAGAACCUGAAAUGACAAGCCUGGCUCAGUGCCGUGCUUUCACUCCUUCAGAAGAGCGGAGAAUCACUUCAAGUCAGUCAGCUUUUGUACUCUCAUCGACAUCUUCAUUGUUAACGCAGUAUGACGCGGAUUCUGUACAAUCAUACAGCGCUGAACUACAUGCUGAUUGCUCAUUUUUGAAACGGAACUGUUUUGAUGGGCAGCUUCAUCAACAUGCAGUUCCUUCCCUUCGUACCUUCAAACCAGGUUGUUCUGCUAGCGAUAUUGUUACUCAGGAAUCAAAUUCGCUCUUCACAGUAAAUCCAAAACCUGCUGUAAAACCGAAACCGUUGGCACUGAGGCGUGAACGGAGCGAUUUAACGGCUGGAUGUGUUUCACACAUCACUGCUAACUACAGGGAGGAUAAUGUUAGUACUGGUAGCGAUGUUGGUUUUCGAUGUGCUCUGAUGCCGUCACCCACAUGUCUUGAUGAAAAUAGCUUGCGUAGAUGUUUGGAGGAAUUGAAAAGGAAAAGGCAAGAAACGGCAACUGUAGUUCUUGAAGCAAACUCCAAAUCUCGUCAACAGCAGCACUCUCAGCGAAAUCACCAUAAGGAAACAAGUAAAAUUGAUUUUGGCGACCUUAAUGUCGUUUUAAGGACACACUCCAGUGAAAGUUUUCGAACUGAUCAGCGUCGUUUGUCGGUUCCCGAUUUGGCAGAUUUGGCACAUAACUCAUUAGCAAAUGGUGUUACCGGAGUUGUAGCCACGGCUAAGGCAUUAACUUCGAAGCUUGGUCGAAAUCCAAGAACUGGAGAAUUACAGACGAUAAAUGAAGGAUUAGUUACACCAGUGGUACGACGCAAGCAAUACAUCAAAGAUAUCAAAGAUAUACAUGCAAAUAAUACUGCGAACGAUUGGUGUUCCGGGAUUUUGCUCCAAAGACCUUUAGCGACUCAUAAAAAGUUGGCGAAGGAAGCUGAGAAGGAGCAUCUAAGACGUGACGGUCGUAACGGCGCAGAACAUAUCUUCACCAGAAAGUUUCACAGCGAGCGACACUCCAGAGAACGAGUUUUUGCACACAACAGUAGCAACACUGAUUCAUUAUCUUCAAUUUCAACUCAGACUUAUACAUGGAGUCCAUCCGUUGCUAAACGAGGGUCUUCCUUUGCUUAUAAUGUUUCUUCACUGUCUGAUGGAAACACGACUAGUGAACGCUUCACUUGUGCUGGGAAUAUUUUUGCUAAAAAACAAACAGCCGUUUGGUCAGCAGUUAACAGUGAACUGAAGAAUCGUCAAAAAAUUGCCAAGGUUCGACCAACUCCACAAGUACCUUUAUUAAAGAAAAGCUUAACUGCGGGUGCGGUUGGAAGUUCGAUACAGAACAAACUGCAUUCUCGUGGAAUGACUACUGGAAAUGGCAGUGAAGCAUUAUCAAAGGUCUCUCCUUCCCAGCCGUCAUCAUCCGAAAGUCUUCCUCAUUUACGACGGCAAAAUUCUUGUGAUACGCCUGUUUGUAGUGACAAUGCUUGUGAAAAUUUAGCAUCUGAAUAUGCUCAUUUAUCAGAAUCCGUCGAUACGUCAAUGAAAGCAGACUUGAUUGUGAAAAGGGGAUCUCCAAGUCAAGAUCAAAGUGGGAAAGAUGAUGAUAACAUUAGUAUUGCUGGAACAGUCUUCAACGAACCGUGGGAUUCCAAUGUUUGGGAGAAUUUGUUGGAUUUGGCUCAUUAUGGGGAUGAGAAACCAUCCACUCUUACAAGGCACCACGAUACGAAUCAAACUGUGCUUGACGAAGCAAUCGCUGAAGAGGGUGAUGAUGAAGUGAUUUGCUCGCUAGAAAUGAGCUAUGACGGUGAAGAGGAAAGAAAUCUUCAGAAAUUACAGUCCAUUACUGGUAUGGGUGAUUGUCGAAAUGACGGCAAUUACGGUGUAGUAAUUCGGAGGUUUGAUAGUCAUCAUCUAAAUAAUAACGCAGAGUCAGAUGGUCGACGUAAUGGUAUUAUAAACAUUAACGCUCAUUUGAAAAAUGAAGAUAGUUUGGAAAAACAACAGCAAUUUGAAACAAUCUGUAGAUCAGUGACGAGUGGUAGUGGAGAUCCAGAAGCAUCAAAUUCAAUGAUGAACAUAAGCAAUACUGGAGAAAUGUCGGAUGGAACGGCGACUAUGGAUAGUCAUAAAUCAACAAACACACAUUCACUGCCACGUAUCCUUCCACGAUAUUCGAAGCUUGAUGAUUCGUGGCUUGAGUCUCUAGAUGAUAUCCCAACAAGCAUUCGCGCACUUUCACCCAUCAUUUCACCUCCACGGCUGAAAAAUAGCUUAAGCGCAGACCCGGGUACAAAGAUUCAAGAAUACGUUGAAAGGCUAUCACGGGAGGAAAAUACAGUGUUCGGUGCUACCUUACGUCGUUUCAUUGAAUGUACAUUUGAAGCAGGGGAAUGUGAUCCACAAGUGGUAAUUCGAAAUGUUCGGCAGUUUUUAAACGGUUUAAAAAAUUAUCUGGUAAAGCAUGGAGAAGGCGAACUUCAUGACCUUAUCGAAAAAGAACGAGCGCGACUGAAUGCUAAUGAAUUUUUGAAUAUUGAUGCAAUUUUAGAAGCUGUUUUGCACAAAAUUGUCCUUUGCCCAGUAAAACCGCAUCUCUACCAUUUGAUGGUACGCGAAUACUCAAAAAAUGGUUGGCUUCAAGCACUUUCGGAAAAUCUUACCUAUGUCCGAACUUUGUCGCCAGAACAGCUAGGCUUUGGAGUCCGUUGUAAAUUCACACCACCCACAACGCAGAAAAUGGAGACAAUCAAGAUUUGUUUGCGAAAAAUGCAACAUCAUUAUUCACCGUUGAAGAAACUGGAAAAUUUAUUGCGAGUGAUAUUUUUGGCAAUUGGUAAGCAACAGUCCUGCGAUAAUCCGAGUGGUGAUAUGGAAAAUUACGAUCCGAUUAGCAUUGAUAACAACAAGAUUAAAGCUUUGCCCCCUGCUGAUGAGCUGGUGCGAUGGUUAGUGUAUUUGUUAUCACGUACAUCAACGGUCGGUUGUGAAGUUGAAGCGUGGUACAUGUGGGAGCUGCUCCCAAAACAAUUGUUGACUACUGGUGAUUCCAGUUACUACCUCAUCACUCUUUUUUCUGCCAUUGAUGUACUGAAAAAUACCGAAAGCAUUCGAAAGUUGGGCCAAGUGGAUGACUCUUCAAUAACGGAAGAUGGGUCAUACUGUUCUUCAUUAGGCAGCGUUAGUCCAGUACUUUCAUCAUCAUCAGAUGCUUUUGUAAAGGUAGCCGUUCCGGAUGAACUUGGUGGUUCUAUCCGAUAUCAUACAUUUCCUGGUGUACCACAAAUGACCGCUGGAAAGCUGUGUCGCGUUAUUGCACAUCAGUUUGGCAUUACAAAUCCUGAAGAUCAUGGAUUGUAUCUUCUAGUUGACGGUUACGAAACAUGUCUUCUGGCAAACGAGUGCCCUGAUUUAAUUCGCCAUCAGUUGAAGCAGGCACAUAAGGCGCAUUUAUUUGCUUAUAAACGACAUGAAGCGAAAAUAGCUUGGCCUAAAUUCCCAGUGUCUUCCCUUUCCUGAUGUGAUCUGGGUAAUAGUGUUUCAUAACAGCGGGAAGUGUAUUUACUGUGAUGGUCCUAUAUUUUGACAUGUAAAGUAAUACUUAAAAGAAAACAGAAAACUACUUAUUUCGACGAAAAAAUAAAAAUCA